AUGAUUGUUUUGUUAAGAAAAAAUAAUUUAAAAAAGACUCUUGACACAUUUCAUGUGCGUUGUAAUAAUAAACUUAUAUUUAUGAGAGGGUUCAUAAAUGAGCACACAAAAGAACCGAUAAAGAAUACAAUAGAUGAUAAUAAUAAUAAUAAGAAAAUGAAAUUAAAUAAAAAUUUAGAAGAUGUGAAAGUUUCCAAAGAGAAUUCAUGCAAUGCUUUAUUUGAUGAAUGCUUAGAAGAAUUAUAUAGAAUGAAAAAAAAAGUUGAUAAAGAUAGUGUAGAAUAUGACAAUUCUCCUGUUAUUGAAGAAUUAAAUAGAGAAGAAUUAAAAAUAACAAGAAAUAUUUUUGAAAGAAUUAAUAAGAAACAAAAACAUAUUUCCAAUUUAAGUUAUAAAGAUAUAUAUAUUGAUCCUUAUUGGAAUCCUUUCAAAGAUGUAGAUAAUUUAAAACAAGAAAUUUUAUAUGAAUUUAAUGAAUAUUCAAAAAUGGCAAGUAUUGUUGAAUUAAAAAAACAAAGAAGAGCUAUAAAAAAAUCUUUGAAGGAACAAUAUAAAUUAUAUAAUCCCUAUUCAGAAGAAUAUAAUAAACAUUUUAAUUUAAAUAUGGAUAAUGAUAUAAAAGAACAACAAAUGGAAUGUCAUGAUAAAGAUGAAAAAUAUUGGAAUCCAUCUUUUAAUAAAAGAAAAAUAUUAAAUAUAAAAAGUCCAUUUAUAUGGAGAUAUACUCAUUUAUUACAUCAUUUUAUAGGUGAAAAUGGUUUAAUAUUACCUAGAAAAAUUAAUAUGACCACAAGAAAACAACAAAUACAAAUAUUUAAAUCUAUAUGUAUAGCUAGAAGAAUGGCUUUAUAUCCAUAUGAUAAAAAACCUGAAAAAGAUGAUCUCAUUCCUUUAAUGGACCCCUUACAAUUUUUAUUAGAUGAAUUAAUUCAUCGAUAUAUUCAAUUAAAUGAUUUAAGAGCACAGGCAAUCAUAAAAGUUAUGAUAAAUAGAUAUCCUUCUCUCAAUUAUUACAAAUAUUUUUUCUAUGAAUCAAAGAAAGAAAAAGAUAAAAAUGAAAAGACCGCACAGAAUCAAGAAGAAGAAAAUGUAACCGAAAAAAAGGAACCCUUCUCACAAAUGUUACAAAAAUAUAAGAAAAACUAUUAUGAGAAUUUUUAUAAAUAUUAA